GUCUCUCUCAAAACCCAGUAGCCAGUACUGACAAAAUGGAAACGGAGUCCCUGAAUCGAAAGAACUCCUCUCGGAAGAGUUCCAUUGUAAAUGGAAACGGAGAUGCCAGCGCCAAACUGACCAACGGCGAUGCGGAUGGCGGUGAUGGAGGCGGAGGUGGCGAGGUGACGUUGAAGGCGAAGAUGAGCCUCCUCAACGGCUGCACCGUCAUCGUGGGCUCUAUUAUUGGAUCGGGCAUCUUUGUCUCGCCCACCGGCGUUCUGAUGUACACGGGCAGUGUUAACUUGGCCCUCAUCGUUUGGGUCAUUUCCGGACUCUUUUCAAUGGUCGGUGCCUACUGCUAUGCCGAGUUGGGAACUAUGAUUACCAAGUCCGGUGCUGACUACGCCUAUAUCAUGGAGACUUUUGGACCCUUCAUGGCCUUCAUCCGACUCUGGAUCGAGUGCAUGAUCGUGCGACCCUGCUCUCAGGCGAUCGUGGCCCUUACCUUCAGUACCUACGUCCUGAAACCUUUCUUUCCGGAGUGUGCUCCCCCGGAAGACGCAGCCCGCCUUCUGGCUGUUUGCUGUAUACUGGUGCUAACCCUAAUCAACUGCUGGGACGUUAAAUGGGCCACCGCUGUGCAGGAUAUCUUCACAUAUGCCAAACUUUUGGCCCUGUUUAUCAUCAUUGCCACUGGCAUGUACCAACUUUAUCUCGGCAAUGUCCAAUACUUUACGUUCGAGAACACAGAUACCAAAGUCACAUCCCUGGCGCUGUCCUUCUACUCGGGUCUCUUUGCCUACAACGGCUGGAAUUACUUGAACUUUAUUAUUGAGGAGCUGAAGGAUCCCGUCAAGAAUCUGCCCCGUGCCAUUGCCAUCAGUUGCACCCUGGUCACCAUUGUCUACGUUAUGGCGAAUGUCUCCUUCUACACGAUUUUGUCCCCGGAUGAGGUCCUGGGCUCUUCGGCUGUGGCUGUUACCUAUGCGGAGCGGGCCUUUGGAAUGCUGGCCUGGACCAUUCCAGUUUUCGUGGCCUUGUCUACUUUUGGAGCCGUAAACGGUAUCUUGCUGACUUCCUCGCGUCUUUUCUACGCUGGAGCCAAUGAAGGUCAGAUGCCUGAGAUUCUUACCAUGAUCCAGAUCCAACGCUUCACCCCCACCCCCGCUGUCUUGGCCAUGGCCUUGCUCUCCAUGUUGUACCUGACCGUGUCCGAUAUUUUUGCUCUCAUAAACUAUGUUGGCUUCGCCACUUGGUUGAGCAUUGGAGUGGCUGUCCUUUGCCUGCCCUGGCUGCGUUGGGCCCAGCCCAACCUGCCGCGUCCCAUCCGGGUGCCCAUGGUGUUCCCCAUUGUCUACUUGAUCGCCACCAUGUUCGUGACCGUAGUGCCAAUGUAUGCCAGUCCCGUGGAGACAGGCUAUGGCAUCCUGAUGAUUCUGUCGAGCAUACCCGUCUAUCUGCUGUUCAUUGCCUGGAAGAAUAAGCCCAUCUGGUUCCAGAAAACCAUGGGCGGACUGACGCAAGUUCUACAGAAACUGAUGAUGGUUGUGCGUCCCAAAGCGUCGUCAAAGUAAGCCUGACACACUUCCUACAAAAAAUGCUCAUGGUACUCGGCAAGCAGACGAAACCAGCUCAGGUGUAAGACGAAAGGAGAUUUAGAUUUCAGGAUAGCCAACAGCAGAGGAAAGCAUUUAUAAGCCCACAUUUAUCUGCAUGAUGCAUAUUAUUUAGACAGAGUAAAACGCUUUUGUGUAGCCAGCCAAUGAAACACACGAAAAUACGAAGUAAACUACAUAUAUUUUUAUACAAAUAUGUAUGGCUUAAGUUGGAACAAGGCCCAGUGUCCAGUAGGUUUACCACACUGAAGCUCAAUUAGCCACCAGCCCUGGACCCGGACUUAAAGCUAAAGACUGUCACACGAAGGAAAAACUACAAGGAAUCGAGCUGUCCAGGGCUGAACGUUAAUUUGAAUUUUUUAUUUUGAAUCAUUUUAAUGGAGCUGUGCAAGCAGAAGGAGUCUUUUACAAAUUUCUCAUAAAACAACUGUGAAACUUUAAUGAUAAAUUACUUUAAAAAAUCGAAAGCAUUUCACACAUUUUCGCAUUUUAGAAACCUGCUCUAGGCGCAGCUUUGGACUAAAAUUAUAAACAUAUAUAGGGAUUUAAGCAUACCCAAAAGAAAGGACAACACAGCUAAAGUUCACAAUUAGAGUUUAUGAAUAUUUUAAUACACAUCUGAUUUUUUCAUUGAUUUUAUUAAGUGUAGCUUAAGUGGCACAGCGAUUUUUUUCAUUUGGUGUAAGUUAAAGUAUAAUUUAGGAUACUCAGUUCGCCGCGCACUUUGGCGGCAUGGUUUCAUUUGUGCAUCACAGACAGUCCUUCCUGGAACAACUGCCACGCGUACAAAUCCGGGAUGAAUCCUGAAGCUACCCUAUGGCCCCACGAAACCCACAGACCAUCGCCCAAUGCACAUAUCCAACAAGAGAAACGCUUUAAAGUUGUUGAACGAGAACAGGAACAUUGCCAACAUACAUAUUAAUACGAAAAUAUUGAAAAUAACACUAAAUGGAAAUCGUUGUCUAAUUAAUUAACCAUUUGACCUAGAAUUGAUUUCAACAUUGAUUAGUUGUUGUUGCUUUGAGUGUUUGGCAUUAACGGAGCAAGUAGCUCCAGGUGUUAUUCGUAUAAAAAUAUUAUUGCCUAUUUAGCAUUCAACUAUUUAACUGUUACACAUUAUAUGGAGCCGCAGCUGGGGAAUCGUUUAACUACUAUGAAACAUAUUGUUGACAAUAAUAUUGUAUUUAUAUAUAAAUGUAUAUUAUAUUAUAUGUAUACCCUUACGAAACCUCUGUCUAUCUGAAAAUAAGAACGAUUAAGUAAACAUUUCUUGGUUUUUGUCUCACAUCAGGAAUACAAGUUUAUGAAGAUGAUGCUGGA